AAAAUCUUUUCUUUGACAGAGAGAUAACGUCUACCGAGUCCGGUCCAUUUGUAAUUGGUCUGAGCCAUACACACGAUUUUCAACUCUUCUCACGUCCUUAUACCGUUAUUAAUGGUCUAAGCUUACGUCUUACGUAGGGAAUCGUAGACAGAGAAAGUUUGUCUAGGAGUGCAAAUGCUAAAAUGACAAUAAUUUGACAAAUGUCAAGUAAGUCAAUUGUCAAACUUAAUCAAAUUAUCGUGACGUUUGAUGAACCUCAAUAUAUUAAAUUUCGUAAAAUUAUCUUGUAGUAGAAUACAAUUACUAAUUUAAAAUGUCGGAAAAUGGCCACAAUGCGUAAAAAGACCCAAGUUUCGUUUGUGAUUCGGGACGAGGAGGAAAGGAGGCACAAAAAUGGUGUAAGUUCUUUACAACUAGACCCGAUACAAGGUAGGCUCUAUUCGGCCGGUCGAGAUGGAAUUAUACGCGUUUGGCACACUGGCGGUGGCACUCAAGAUCGGUACAUACAGAGUAUGGAACACCAUACCGACUGGGUUAACGAUAUAGUGCUUUGCUGUGGCGGUAAGAAUCUUAUAAGCGCAUCCUCUGACACUACCGUGAAGGUAUGGAACGCCCCAAAAGGUUUCUGUAUGUCCACCUUAAGGACUCACAAAGACUACGUACGGACCCUAGCCUACGCAAAGGACAAAGAACAGGUUGCUAGUGCCGGUUUAGACCGUGCAAUAUUUCUGUGGGAUGUUAAUACUCUAACAGCUCUGACUGCUAGUAACAAUACAGUUACCACCUCGAGUUUAGUAGGUAAUAAGGAGUCCAUAUACAGCCUGGCUAUGAACCCUCCUGGCACAAUUCUUGUUAGUGGUUCCACAGAAAAAGUACUCAGGGUUUGGGACCCUAGAAACUGUUCUAGACUCAUGAAACUGAAAGGUCACGCUGACAAUGUUAAGGCACUAGUAGUCAGUAGAGAUGGGUCCCAAUGUGUAUCAGGAAGUUCUGAUGGUACAAUAAAACUUUGGUCAUUAUCACAGCAGAGAUGUGUAUCAACUAUUCGAGUUCAUUCAGAAGCUGUUUGGGCUCUUCUGGCCACAGAAAACUUUACUCAUAUCAUAUCUGGUGGAAGAGAUCGUCUAGUCAUUAUAACUGAACUCAGAGACCCAGAUAACUUUAUGAUAGUUUGUGAAGAGACUGCACCCAUUCUUAAAUUAUGUUUCACUGCCGAUCAGCAAAGCGUGUGGGUCGCCACUUCGGACUCUGACAUAAGAUGUUGGAAGCUUCCACCUCUUAAUUCAUUACACUCUGACAUGUACAAUCAAAAUAAUUAUAACACCAAUAAUGUAUAUCAAACACAACCCCAGCACCACAUCGCGGGUGGUAGAGCAAUAAAACAUUACACAGUGCUGAAUGGAAAAAGGCACAUUUUGACUAAGGAUACAGCUAACAAUGUUGUUCUUUACGACGUGUUGAAAGCUUGCAAAGUGGAAGAUUUAGGAGAAGUUGACUAUGAAGAGGAAGUAAAGAAACGUUUUAAAAUGAUUUAUGUACCAAACUGGUUCAACGUUGAUUUAAAGACUGGGAUGCUGACAAUACAUUUAGGGCAGGAUGAGACUGACUGUUUCAGUGCCUGGGUCAGUGCUAAGGAGGCAGGGCUGACAACUGAAAUGGAUCAGAAAGUAAACUUUGGUGCAUUAUUGCUACAAGCUCUGCUGGAACACUGGAGCCACCCGAACAGAGUGAAUGAAGGAGGACAGAAGGUGAUUGGGAACAAUUUCUUCAAUGUUCCGUUGCAUACACCAUUGAUAUUCAGUGAAGUGGGUGGCAGAACACUUUAUAGAUUGCAGGUAGGUGAUGCUGGUGGAGAGACUGAAAGUAAUCUACUCAUGGAGACUGUACCUUCCUGGGUGGUGGAUGUAGCAAUAGAGAUGGCAGCGCCUAAACUGAACAAACUGCCAUUUUAUCUUCUACCACAUUCCAGUUGUCAAAGCAAACAAGAUCGACAGAAGAAGGACCGGCUAGUCGCGAACGAUUUCAUCCAGUGCCGCAAAGUAGCAGAGCAUGUGGUGGAGAAGAUUGUCGGCGGUGGCGAUGUGAACGGAGCCAGUGCUGGCAAGAACAGUGAGGACAGUGUCAAUGACUCGCCAGAAGAGAGGGUCGAGCUGCUGUGCUGCGAUCAGGUAUUGGACCCUAACAUGGACUUAAGGACAGUGAGGCACUUUAUAUGGAAGUCCAGUGUGGAGUUCACAUUGCACUACAGAGUGUUGAAACAAUGAAAAUCAAUUGUUUUCUCUACGGAAUUGAACAAACAGUUGAGAAAGUGUUGUGUUGUCUUUGAUCAAGACAAGGAGGUUUCGUACAGUGAGUUGAUUUAAAUUGUAUUGCUAUUAAACUUGUAGACUUAAAGAUUCUGUGGUUGUUCGAAUUUUGUCAUUUUAUAAAAACUAAUAGUUUGUUAGCCCAUGCUCUAACUAACUCUCUGAAAAAAUUCAUUAAAAUUGAACUUUUCUUGUGAGUCAGUGACACUUUUAACUUAGAGCAUGUAGGCCUAUGAUUUUUUUUCUCUUCUGGGUUUAUCUGCGCUCAGUAAAACAUCUAUAAACAGAUAUGUUCUAUGAUACUCAUAACGUCGCUUUUCACUCAAUAUAUGUUGUGAAGAGAAAGACAUAUUGGUGACUAAUAGCGGCGGAGUUGUCCCAGUUCUUUCUUACAAUGCAGUGAUCCUAAGUCUAUAGUUGUCUACCAUACUUAUUGGUAGAUUGGUCAACAUUCAGCUUUUAUAAAAUGACAAAGGUCUGGCAGUCACAAGCUCUUGCUCUAAAGAGUUUUAAAGCACAAACUUUUGAUUGACAGUUCCUUGAUUUUGUUACUGGGUAUAAUAAAUUAGUGAUAUUGUAUAUAAAAAGUUUAAUAACACACCUAAUUAUAUAGGCAUCCUAAUGUGAGCCCGAGAACUCUCGUGAUGUGAGAUACAUGUUCACUGAGAAUAGAAAAACUAUUAAUAACCUAUAACAUAUUUAAAAAAAAAAUAUCUUUUCUCAGCUAAACCUCAAUAAACUUGCAGUCAAUCAAAAGAAUGUGUUUUGCCCUUUUACUACUUACCAGGGAUGUUGUGGGGGUGGUUAACCAUUACCAAAACUAUCAAUGUUUGUACAAAAACAAAUGUAAACAGAGGUUGAGAACCAUCCUUUGUAUUUUUUUAACAAUAAAGAGAGAAAUAUGGUAACAUACCAUGGAUCCACUAUGUGUGUGCCAGGUCCAUUGUCUCCAACUAUAGUCUGGCAAGAUGACACUCCCAUGAUUCGUGGGCGACGGGGGAAAAGACUGCGCGAGUGUGAAAUCGUGCAGGACAACAUCUUAUCCCGACCAUCGACUUCCCAUCAAAACUUUGAAAUCACGCCGAAGACAAUAAUUUAUAACAAACUUCAAGCUCGUUAGAAUUAAUCCAACAUAAUUCCCAGAAAAUUAAAUUUUAAGAAUUGUACAUUCAAUAAUUGUAUUUUCAAAUAAAAGUUCUGAAUUUUACUACUUAGUUUAAUUUCCGCUGAAGUACUAUACAAGCCUUGGCCGCAACUAGGCAUUGAUGGACUUGCGUAUGUGUGCCUCGUCUUCGCCUCGGCCCAUAUCACACGUUCGUCCUUCAAUGUCUCUCUUGCUGAGUAUACUAUAUCCCAUCUAUUUCCUUAGCAUUUUCUAGUUAGUUCAGGUGGAUACAGUCCAUUUAUGUACCUGAACUUUCAUACCCAUAACAUCCCUGGUAUCUAAUAAUUUUUAAAAUAUGUUCUGUAUUUUUAAUAGGGCUGUAAUGACUUUGUAACCUGUAUAUUUAUAUUUCUUAUUAAAUAUUAACAUAGUGCAGAGUUUAAACUCUAGACUACUUAUAUUACUAAAGUAUGCUUGAUUGAUGUAUUUGCAAAUAGAAUGUCUGUUGAAUGGGUAGGUUAAAUAGCGUUUAAUUCAUUGAAAUAAAUUUAAGAUUUAUUUUAUAAACAAUAAAUGUAUAAAGAGUAAAGUAACUUUAUUCACAUUAUUUUGAUUCGUCAAAUUGAUGUUUGACCACAUUCCUUUCUAAUUGGAAUCAAAUACAAUCCAAUUGUAGUUCUUCUUUUCUCCAUAAGACGGUUUACCUUAACCUUUGGAUGUAUUAGUAACUUAAGAGCGCGCAGCGCGUCGGUACGAUAUGGAUAAAAUUCGAAGCGCAUGCGAGACGCCGAGUUAUGACUUUCUUCACGUGAGUGAAAAGCACGGAGCGAUUGACGCGCGACGCAAAUUUUAUGACGUGAGCACCAAAACCAUUUUUACCUAAUUGCAAGUAAAUUAAACAACAUAACGAAAAACAAAAUGGCCAUGUUCAAGAUUUAUACCUAAUUUUCUAUACAAAACGAAAAUUUAAGAAAAUAAGUUUGCUUUUCCUGAGAUUGAAAGCAAAAUGUGAGCAAAACAUGUAUUUUUCAAAAAAAUAAACUAUCGAGAAAAGUUUUACAAAUUGUGUAUUUUGUAUAGUCAUAACGAAGCUAACACUUUGAAAUAUCAUUUACCCAAAUAUCAGGCUCCUAAAUUUUCCAGUAUCUGAGAUCCAGAACCAUUUGUAACCACCAAAUUACAUAUCGCACACUCUUAAGAGACUAUAGCGGCGCGGCGCCGGAGCGGUGUUGCAUAUAAAUACAGUUUUACGCCAGUCCCGACAACUUGAGACAUGUUUUCAUACAUUUCCUAACGCUUAAUACGAUUCGUCAUCACGUUUAAUACGCCUACGUGUCACACGCGUGUAAUUCCAAAUGCGACAAAUAAAUUACAAAAGACAGAUCAGGACAUCAUAAAGGUCCUUAAUCAAGGUUGCAGGACAAGACCCAUACAUGAUAUCUUAAAAAAAAUAAAAGACCAUGACAGCAAACGACCCUUGACAUCAUACGAUUCUCAACUGAAAAUUUUGAAUAUGCACUGUAAAAGUAAAAUUUAAUUGAAAAUUUCGUAAUUGCUAAUGCAUCAAAAUCUUUUUGCCAUACCAGAAUAAGUGAUUAAGUAGCAUUAUUAGGUAGUCUUUACACCAAAUACGUAAAUUUACGUGGGUUAUGCGCACGACAUGAUUGAACUUUGACUUUGAAACUGAAUUUUUUUCCGAUCCUGACGUCAGUUUGCCGAUGUGUGUGUGCGUAUGAGAUACGCAAGACACUAUAAGCGUCCUCAAUUUUACACACAACGUACACGCCAAACUAUAUACACUACAUUUAAAGCUAAUCUGUCUUCUGAAUGUAAUGUAAUCUUUUGUAGUUCAAUACAUUCUUCUUUUCUAAACAUUUAUUUGAUGAUAUAUCACCAGAUUAGAACCAGAUGUGUUGUGGCUACGUCUAGUUUUAGUUGGUUAGAACUAGAUGUAGCCAUUUAGUCUUGUUUAUUGUCUUUUUAUGUUUAAUUUUGCCAAUUUUUUUUCUGUAAUAAAUUAUGCAAAAGUUUAAAAUUUACAUUUUAUGUUUUCAAAAUUCAUCUUCAUUAUUUAUUUAGAAAGAACUAAAAUUAAUAUGGACAUCUUGUAUUUAAACUAUGUUGCAAAUCACUCUUGUGCCUAAAUGUUAUCAAUGCUACAUUAUUCUUGCCUAACUUGUAUGCAUGAAUGUUAGUAUAAUAAAUAUAGUAUGAUAUCUUGUACUUGUUACCGUUAAAUUGUAAAAUACGUUACAUCACAUUAUAAUCUCACUCCUUAUAUUAUAAUCUGCCGUCAUAUUAUGAACUGAAAAUACUGACUACAAUUUAACGUGUUAUUUUUCGGUAUAUCACGUUAAAUCUAUCCGAAAUUACACAGUAACGUAUUUUACAAUCUAACGGUGACAAAUAUAUACCAACUUUGUACUUAUGAUUCAAAAAUAUUAAAUUAUACUUAGUAAGUAUUACUCGAUAGAUUGUACAUCCAUUCACUGUUAGUGUAGAAAUCAUGGAAAAUAUUAUAAAUAUUUAGAUAUAUUAUGAUAAUUUUGAUUGUUUGAAUUGUUUAACACGUUUCACAUGGUUUGAUUUGGGAAAAACUGACCCAGACAGACAGACUAACUACUGUCUUACUAUAGUAUAAAAUAAAUAACUAUAACCUCUUGAAAAAAGGUCCUCGUCAAAAAGACUGUCUCAAGAGGUUAUAGUUAUUUAUUUUGUACUAUAGUAUAGUACUAUAGUAUGUUCAGUUCACAAUGUAUCGACAGAUUACAAUAUCGCGAGUGAGAAUAUAAACUAACGUGUUUUACAAUUUAACGGUGACAUAUAUGUAUUGAUUACCACAUUAUGUUGAUAUGUAAACUCGCCGUAAGUUACUCCCAACGAUAUUUUAUACUAGAGACAGGUCACUAGCGCAUGAAAACUGAGACGGACAAAUGUGCAUAAUGGGGAUGAUGACUAGGUUUGAAUAUAUUGAUUUUUAUGAUACAUUCGGGUAAAUAAGGUCAAUGUUAACUAAUUUAUACAUAAAAAGCGAAGAUUGUCUCGAUAUUUGCAAAAUAAAUGAGAUUAUAAAAUUUCAAAAUCUAUUAAAAAUUUAUUAGAUGAAAAUUCAUACAAUUUUAGCUUCCUUACAUUAAAUGUUUUUAAUAUAUGAACUACUAGCAGGUGCCCGCGACUUCGUCCGCGUGAAAAUCGAUGUACAUUUUCGACGCCGUCGCCCCUUCUAUUUAUAUUUUCUAUUUAUGUUUUAUAUAUAAAAAUUAUAAAAUCACAGCCCCGACCGAAGGCCGGUGUACAAUAAUGUGCGCGUUUUUUGUGCUUGGGUAAAAUGCAAAGUCGUAGCCAUCGUCGGAGGCCCUAUCCAGCCCCCGGCCGACGGCCGUCGUGCAAUUAAUUGUGUCUGCGUUAAGUGCCCAGCCGUAGCCACGGUCGAAGACCCUAUCACAAACUCCCGGACGAAAGAGGGUGCACAACAAAGUACGUACUUUUUUGUGCUUGAGUAAAAUGCCCAGCCGUAGCCACGGUCGGAGGCUGCAUCACAAACUCCCGGCCAAAGGCCGGGUCACAAUACAGUGCGCGGCCGAAGACCGCGCGUUCCGUUUUUUGUGCAUCGGUAAAAUGCCCAGCCGUAGUCACGGUCGAAGGCUGUAUCAUUAACUCCUGGCCGAAGGCCGGGCCACAAUACAGUGCGCGGCCGAAGGCUACGCGUUCCGUUUUUCGUGCUUAGGUAAAAUGCCCAGCCGUAGUCACGGUCGAAGGGUGUAUCAUAAACUCCCGGCCGAAGGCCGGGCUACAAUACAGUGCGUGAAGGCUCUAUCACAAACUCCCAGCCGAAGGCCAGGCUACAAUACGGUGAGCGGCCGAAGGCCGCGCGUUCCGUUUUCUGUGCAUCGGAAAAAUGCCCAGCCGUAACCACGAUCAGAGGCCAUAUUACAAAUCCCCGGCCGAAGGUCGCGCUUUUUUUUGUUUGGAUAAAAUACCCAGCCGUAGUCACGGUCGAAGGCUGUAUCAUAAACUCCUGGCCGAAGACCGGGCCACAAUACAGUGCGCGGCCGAAGGCUACGCGUUCCGUUUUUCGUGCUUGGGUAAAAUGCCCAGCCGUAGUCACGGUCGAAGGCUGUAUCAUAAACUACAAUACGGUGAGCGGCCGAAGGCCGCGCGUUCCGUUUUCUGUGCACCGGAAAAAUGCCCAGCCGUAGUCACGAUCAGAGGCCAUAUUACAAACCCCCGGCCGAAGGCCGCGCUUUUUUUUGCUUGGCUAAAAUACCCAGCCGUAGUCAAGGUCGAAGGCUGUAUCAUACACUCCCGGCCGAAGGCCACGCGUUCCGUUUUUUGUGUUUGGGUAAAAAGCCCAGCCGUAGUUACGGUCGAAGGCUGUAUCAUAAACUCCCGGCCGAAGGCCGGGCUACAAAACAGUGCGCGAAGGCUCUAUCACAAACUCCCGGCCGAAGGCCGGGCUACAAUACGGUGAGCGGCCGAAGGCCGCGCGUUCCGUUUUCUGUGCAUCGGAAAAAUGCCCAGCCGUAGCCACGAUCAGAGGCCAUAUUACAAACCCCCGACCGAAGGCCGCGCUUUUUUUUGUUUGGGUAAAAUACCCAGCCGUAGUCACGGUCGAAGGCUGUAUCAUAAACUCCCGGCCGAAGGCCGGGCUACAAUAUAGUGCGCGAAGGCUCUAUCACAAACUCCUGGCCGAAGGCUGGGCUACAGUACGGUUCCGCGUUCCGUUUUCUGUGCAUCGGAAAAAUGCCCAGCCGUAGCCACGAUCAGAGGCCAUGUUACAAACCCCCGACCGAAGGCCGCGCUUUUUUUUGUUUGGGUAAAAUACCCAGCCGUAGUCACGGUCGAAGGCUGUAUCAUAAACUCCCGGCCGAAGGCCGGGCUACAAUAUAGUGCGCGAAGGCUCUAUCACAAACUCCUGGCCGAAGGCUGGGCUACAGUACGGUUCCGCGUUCCGUUUUCUGUGCAUCGGAAAAAUGCCCAGCCGUAUCCACGAUCAGAGGCCAUAUUACAAACCCCCGGCCGAAGGCCGCGCGUUCAAUUUUUUGUGCUUGGGUAAAAUGCCCAGCCGUAGUCACGGUCGAAGGGUUUAUCACAAACUCCCGGCCGAAGGCUACGCGUUCCGUUUUUCGUGCUUGGGUAAAAUGCCCAGCCGUAGUCACGGUCGAAGGCUGCAUCACAAACUCCCGGCCGAAGGCCGGGCUACAAAACAGUGCGCGAAGGCUCUACCACAAACUCCCGGCCGAAGGCCGGGCUACAAUACGGUGAGCGGCCGAAGGCCGCGCGUUCCGUUUUCUGUGCAUCGGAAAAAUGCCCAGCCGUAGCCACGAUCAGAGGCCAUAUUACAAACCCCGGCCGAAGGCCGCGCUUUUUUUUUGCUUGGGUAAAAUACCCAGCCGUAGUCAAGAUCGAAAGCUGUAUCAUACACUCCCGGCCGAAGGCCUCGCGUUCCAUUUUUUGUGUUUGGGUAAAAUGCCCAGCCGUAGUUACGAUCAGAGGCCAUAUUACAACACCCCGACCGAAGGCCGCGCUUUUUUUUGUUUGUGUAAAAUACCCAGCCGUAGUCACGGUCAAAGACCCUAUCACAAACUCCCGGCCAAAUGCCGGUCUAUAAUAAAGUUUACGUACAAACUUUCAACCCCUAUUUCACCCCCUUCUGAUUUUAUUUUCGCUAUAAAAAGUUUUCUAUAACCUGCCCCGUAUUAUGUUCUCAAACCGUGCUAAGUUUCAUUUGAAUUCAUUCAGUAGUUUCAGUGUGAUGCCCGGUCAACAAAAAAUAGGGACAGACAGACAAAUAAUCGAAAAAAAAUGUUUUUGAAUUCAGUAUCGAUUGUAUAAUGCCCUAUGAUAAUUUUUUUUUUAAAUUAAUCAAAAAGUUCUGUAAUUUGACCUGUUACAGUUUUAUUAUAAGUAUAUAGAUAAGUAUUUAAUAGCUAUUGCGCCAAAUUCGUGCUCUUUUUAUAGUAAUAAAUCUUGCAUACCAUUAUACGAUAAAAAAGUAGACAAUGUGACUAUUUAAACACAAAAAGGAUUAUUCAGUUUGAACCUGAACUUUUAAGUAGUUCCUGAGAUUAGUUUCGCGCGUUCAACCAAAUAAACAAACAAAUUGGUCAGUUGAGUAUAGAAUAUGUGCCUCAAUAUCGAUAUUACACAGUUUUAGUGGAAAUCUCGUUUCUCCAAAUAACGCCUGCGAAUCAAUUUGAGCAAUCCGGUUUUUUCAAGAUAACUUUUUUCUAUCUGUCCGAUUUUAAUGAAACAAAGCCUAUAUGUUGCCAUGAACUUUGCUUAAUCUAUUUGUGAAAUCCGCGUCAAAAUCCGUUCAGCAGAACCAGAGAAUAGCACGAACAUACAGACAGAAGGACAGACAGACAGGCAAAAAAAUAAAAAAAAUAUAUUUUUGUAUUCUAUUGCUCAUUUCUAAUCGCCCUAACUUGAUUUUAGUUAAAUUUGGUCAAAGUACAGACACUCAAUUUCUACUCUUUUAUUAUAGUAUAGAUAGAUAGAUAGAUAUAUGCUGUCGCGACAUUUUUUGUAGAAAAUGAUGUGUGCUGCGAGUGAAUGACGCUGCUGUAUUUGCAACCCCUUGGCCUUUUGAAUAGCAAUGACAAUGCUUGAGGGAAUUAGCAGACUGUUGGGAAGGCGCCAUGUACACCUUGGGUUACAUUAUUGGAGUUUUAGGAAGGAUCUUUAAUUUUUUUUUAAAUAAAAUAUAGCCUAUAGCCUUCCUCGAUAAAUGGGCUAUCUAUCACCGAAAGUAUUUUUCAAAUCGGACCAGUAGAUCCUGAGAUUAGCGCGUUCAAUCAAACAAACAAACAAACAAACUCUUCCGCUUUAUAAUAUUAGUAUAGAUAAACAUAAACAAAGAUAUUAGUAAUUUUGUUUGAACGCACAUACAAACCUAACGAUCAUUACAUUGCCUACGACAUUAUUAGUUAGUGCCAUUUUGUAUGGGGCGUUUUUCAGGGAUCCGUUGCAGCGCCGCAAAUCUGACCCUUUAAAUCCCUGUAGCUCCGAAAGUAAUGAUCGCAGAUACCCUGUUCCUUUUACAAAAUUGCUUUACUAUUAGCAUACUCUUAAUUUGUAUACAAUUUAAAAAACUGUUAUCAUCCCUAUUUUUUUAAUCUCAUUUAAUCGCUUAUUAAACGACGAAAGUUCUUAAAAAAAAAUAAUAACAAAUGUUAAUAAAUAAAUAUUGUCUACAAUGUCAAGUUGUGUGUUCAGGAAGUGUAAAAACUUUAUAUACUUGAAUUUAAAAAUAUAAGUAAACACAAAAUUUUGCAUCUGUGCGCUCAGUGGAGUAGCUAAAUUCAGAUCACUUUUUGCGGUGAUUUUGUAGGCAGGUAACAUUCUUAUCUAAAGUAUAAAAUAUCAUUGGUUACAUGUUUGUUUGUCAUUUUCACAGUUUGUACUGUUUGUUGCAUAGAUUGAAGAUGAACUUAAUUUUGUAUAUUACUAUUGUGUCCAAUAGAGAAAUACCUAACUGGUUAAAUAAUUAACAAUUUAUAGAAAAUAGUAUAUACAUAUUAAAUUUUCAAACUAGCUUAACAGCAUUUGUGUAAAGUAAAAAGUUUAGGUAGGUACUAGAUAUAACCACAGAAUAAAGAAUGUCCAGAAUGAGUCGUUAUAAGAAGCGUGGUGAAGCCGGUGAAACCCAUAAAAAAUCCCAAACGACACGCGUCUCCUUGACAUUCGCAUAUACAAACUUUUUUCAUAAUAUUUCAAAAUUUAACACAAAAAUGCUCCAUCUUAUUUCUUUCAUUUUUGUGAACAGUUAUUAAAAUAUUUAAAAAUAUAAGAGACCAUUUUUCUUGAAUAAUAUUGAAAAUUACUGAUGCGACGCUUCGCGUCGUACUGACUCGAGAAUGUAUUCGUUUUAAAAUUUUGUAUUUGGAACGGCUACGACACCGUCGUGUUCCGUGCGCUCUAUCUACCUACUAUUCUUUAAUCUGUGGAUAUAAAUAAGAAGUCUUAUUUAACUUAGCAUAAAAACAGUACUGUAAUUAUAACAGCAUAGAGCAUUUUAAAUUCUCGUUCAGACUGAAAAUAAAGCAAUUUACAAGGUCUUUAUGUUUAGAAUUGAAUCAGAAUAGAGACUGGUUAAUAAUAAUUCUGAGCAUUUUAUUUUACGAGUUUAAUGAGACUUUUCUCCAACUUGCGAGGAAAAAUCAUCUUGAAACCUAAAAAUAAUAUUGAAAAUUGUCAACAGAUAUCGUCAAACUUUUAUUGAAGGAGGAAACUUCAAGAAAAAUACCUACAGAAGUAAUUGGACAAAUAUUAAGUAUUUACGUUAGUGCUUGAAACCAACUAAUUACAAAUUAACAAUAAAUUGAUUAAUUAAAACUAUUUAUUUAUAUCUAUACAGAGAGAAUUACCCAUAACUUCAAGGUUUUGACAAGUCCACUUAUAGGAGCCGAACGAACUGUUCUAAUUCUUUUACCUAAAAAAAAACUUUCUUUUAACUAAAAAAAAGUUUUUGUGUUUUCACACAAAAUAAUUCAAGUAAUUCCGACUAUCCAUGUAACAAGCUCCUUUAUCUCUCCUUGCAUUUUUUAAUAAGUAAUCGUAAUGGUAAGACUGUCGAUAUCGACGAGAUAUUGCAACUGGCACUCCGCAUUUCACUAGUAAGCUACUUCAUGAUAUUUAUCAAUGAAUAUGUUUGGCUAUCUCAUAAUAUAAUGAUGCGAUAUAAGUUACACAAUUUAAGGUCUAUUUACAAAAGAAAUCAUUUUUACUCCCAAAAUAUUUAUUUUGGGAUACAUGUUCCUUAGACAUUUUUUUAAUUAAUUUUGCUUAAAGAAUAUAACCUUAGAGUUAUGGAAAAUACUCCUGAGCACCCUGUAUAAUAGACAUACGAGUUUAUUUUAAAAGAACGUUUUCCGUUGUUUUUGUCAAGUGGGAGAAAAUUUCAUAAUUAGCUAACAAGUUUCAAAAAACAGAUUUCUUAGUUUGCUUUUGAAUUUAAAUGCACGCUUUAUGACGAAAACAUGAAAAAUAUGUAAAAAUCUCUGUAGUACCUAACACUUCUUAAUAUUUAAAGUUUAGUAAAAAUUAAUUGAAUAUAAUUUUUUCGAUGAACAAAACUUAUAAUAUUUAUUUAUAUGAAGCAUAAUAUUAAUAAACAAAUAAUUAAUGUACUUGUUGCCUAUAUAUUGUGAAAUUAAAAGGUUUCAAGGUGCUACAGCGAUUUUUAGCGAAUUAAAAGGUUUCGAGGUACUAAGGUACAGCGAUUUUUAGCGACUCUUUAGGACCCCCCUUGGUCGACAGAAUUUCUUUACUGACAUCCAAUUUAUUUCUAUCUUUACAUUUUACAUAUUUUGAUUGUUCUAUUUAUGUAUUAUAAAAAUUAUUUUCGGCCGUAAGCUAUAGUAUUACUUAUGUAUUACGUGUGCAAAAAUGUUUCUUGACUAUGAUUGGUCAGCAUGAAUAUAAAUUAUGUAAUUAUAAAUAAAAUACUGUUAAAUAAAAUU